GGCUAUAGGUGGACCUCACAUUUAAGUAUGAUUACUGCUGUGGCAGUUGUCUUUUUCCGCUCUUGAGUCAAGUGCAUCGCUCAGCUUUACUUAUAAUACUUUUCCCGUUCGGAGUUUUUUUCUGAAAUGUCAUUGAGCAGGAAAAGCUGGUCAGCUCUUACCAGCCUGACCCGCCAGUGGACGAUGGAGGACGAGGAGGAGGUAGAAAGGGAGAAGAGGCGGAGGGUUAGGAGCUCCAUCAGCACUGCUGACCCUGAUGAGCUUUCUCCCGGACACUCCCCCAAAGGCAGCCUCACCAAUGAAGGCGCUCCUGAGCAGAUCUCCAGCAAUGACAGUGCUGCGGCUCGAAGCAGGUCAGAGGAGAAACCCUUUUGUGUUACAAAUCAGACAUCACUUUCAGUUUAGCUGUCAAUGCCAUUGUUCUCAUAACAUGUAUUUACAAUUGUUCUCAAUCGCUUAGGCUUAUUUUUUACAAAUAUAUUUAUUAUAAAUUGUACCUCCGCACAGUACGUAAGACCAUGUCAUUC